GAAGCCCUAUUAAAGCCCCGGUGGCCAGAAACGGAGGCAAAUUCAGGUCGGUGAGAAGCAUGGAGGGCAGUCUGGUGCCAGAAUCGGCGAUGGAGUCGGUGGGUAGAACCCUGGCCAACGUCAAAGAUAUGCAAACCCAUUUGAAGGACUUCCUAUCUCUCUGCGACCCUCAAGUCAUUGCCCAAUUGCCACCUCUUCAACGGGCUCAAGCUCAUCUCACGCUCGCCAAGGCCACUACCACCCUCUUUGCAUUGAACUUGAGGUGUAAGGGCGUGAACCCAGAUGACCAUCCUAUUAAAUCAGAACUGGAGAGAUUGAGGUUGUAUGAAGACAAACUAGAGCGGUUAAUGGACUCAAAUAAAGAACCAUUGCGACCUUCUACUAUCCUAAAUCAUCAGGCAGCAACCCGCUUCAUUGAACAUUCUUUGCCUGAUCUUACGCCAGAGCAAAAGCAAAGUAUGAGGGAGAUCAGCAGGGGAGAGGGGCCAAAGAUUAAGCAUUCAGAGAGGAGUGGUCAAAAGAAGAGGAAGUAUUCAUCUGAUAAACAAUCUAUUCAAAAUGCUGCCCAGGCUUUUCUUGAAAAGGCAGCCCGUGAGCUUCUUGGUGAUAAUAAAGAUGGUUUUAAGGGACCUCUACAAGUCAACUCCUCCGAUGAAGAUGACAAGCCUGACAACUGAUUCUCUGUUUAUUAUGGUAGAGUUUUGUUUCAUGUUCUUAUUAAUUAUCGUUUUUGUCCUUGAGUUUGUUGGUUUUUGGUGUCUUCAAUGUUGUUCUGCCUCUUAAUGUCUUGAAGAGUUUUAAAAACGUUUUAUUUACUAGAUGCCCAAUCCUUGGUACUGGGCAGUUGAAGUCAUUUAGUACAAUCUUUUCUAUUUGUGUGCAAAA